AUGGAGUCUGUCUUCACUCUUUUGCAUGUGAUAAUAGCCAUUAUCAAUUUUUCUAAAGCUAAUGAGACUAUUUGCAGCUUGCUGGGAGAACCUGUGUACCCACAGCUGUGGAAGGAUGGGGAUAUCAUAGUGGGAGCAAUUUUUCCCUUCCAUGGUGGCUGGGAGAUCACAGACAUGACCUAUACUAUUGUACCACCUUCAAUAAACUGCAUGAGUCUGGAUUUCAGAGCUUUCCAGUAUUCACAGUCCUUGAUCUUUGCAAUUGAGGAGAUCAACAACAGCUCGUCUUUGCUGCCUGGAGUCUCACUGGGUUACGAGAUCUAUGACACCUGUACUUCUACAGCACUGGGUGUUAAAGCAGCAAUGGCAUUGAUUAACGGGAAUAAGAAAUCAGUUUUAGAUGAGCCAUGUACAAAGUCAGCCAGGGUUCAAGCCAUAAUUGGGGAAGCAUACUCAUCAGUAUCCAUGGCUAUAGCAAAGAGUAUCGGACCCUUCAGUAUGCCUUUAAUCAGUCACUAUUCUACCUGUGAGUGUCUCAGUGACAAGAGCAAAUAUCCCUCAUUUCUGCGCACUAUUCCCAGUGAUUACCAUCAGAGCAGAGCACUGGCAGAGAUGGUCAAGCACUUUAACUGGACCUGGGUUGGAGCAAUAAGAAGAGAUGAUGACUAUGGUAACAAUGGGAUGGCUGCAUUUACUAAAGUGGCUGAGCAGUUGGGAAUAUGUUUGGAAUAUUCUCUUCCAUUUUUUAGAACCUACUCACAAGAAAAAGUGAUGAGAAUUGUUGAAACAAUCAAAAGCUCCACUUCUCGAGUAAUAGUGGGAUUUCUUUCUCACUGGGACCUGGAGAUUUUGCUACAUGUGUUUGCUGAACACAACAUCACUGGUUACCAGUGGGUCGGAACUGAAGGCUGGAUCUCUGAUUCAGUGCUGGCCACACUGGACAAGCACAACAUGCUACAAGGAGCCAUAGGCCUGGCUAUCCCCAAAACAACAGUAACCGGUCUGCAGGACUUUAUUUUAGAUAUAAAACCACUCAAAUCUGUAGGCAGUGCCAUUUUUACUAAAUUCUGGGAAGCUUUGUUUGGGUGUACAUACACAAAGCAGAUCGAUUCAAAAGAAUUACCUUUGUGCACAGGAGAAGAGAAACUGUCCGAGAUCAAAAACUCUUAUACUGACAUGACCCUGAUGCCCAUUUUCAGUAAUGUGUAUAAAGGAGUUUAUGCCAUUGCCCAUACCCUGCAUGACCUUCUUAAUUGCCAACAAACCUGUGCCUCUAAGUACCAACCUGAUCUUCUCACAUUUCUGGAGCAACUCAAAAAGGUUCGAUUCAAAACCAAAGAUGGUGAAGAAGUUUAUUUUGAUAAAAACGGUGACCCCCCAGGAAAGUAUGAAAUAAUAAACUGGCAAACAAGUAAAGAGCACCAACAUGAAUUUGUUACUGUUGGACUGUAUGAUUCGUCUUUUCCUAUUCAUGACCGUUUAACAGUAAACAUGGCCUCUAUUGUGUGGGCAAAAUACAGCAAUCAGGUACCAACAUCUGUAUGCAGUGAAAGUUGCCCACCAGGAACGAGAAAGGCUGUGAAAAAAGGAAAACCGAUCUGUUGCUUUGACUGCAUUCCAUGUGCUGCAGGGGAAAUCAGCAACAUGACAGAUUCUGUUGAAUGUGAGCAGUGCCAGCAAGAUUACUGGUCAAAUCCAAACAAAGAUAAAUGUGUAAAGAAGGAAAUUGAAUUUUUAUCUUAUGAGGAAACGAUGGGAAUUUUGUUAACUGCUGUUUCUAUAACUGGUGCAUGUAUGACACUGAUAAUAGCAACGAUUUUCCUUAGAUAUAGAAAUACACCGAUAGUCAAGGCCAACAACUCUGAGCUGAGCUUCCUGCUGCUCUUCUCUCUGACUCUGUGUUUCCUCUGUUCACUUACUUUCAUCGGUCGACCCUCGGAGUGGUCCUGCAUGCUGCGCCACACAGCGUUCGGGAUCACCUUCGUCCUCUGCAUCUCCUGUGUUCUGGGUAAAACAAUAGUGGUGUUGAUGGCGUUCAGAGCGACACUUCCGGGCAGUAACAUCAUGAAAUGGUUUGGGCCUCCACAGCAGAGACUCAGUGUUCUUGCUUUUACUUUAAUACAGGUUAUUAUUUGUGUUCUUUGGUUAAUAAUAUCUCCUCCUUUUCCCUUCAAAAAUUUAAAACACUUUAAAGAAAAGAUUAUUUUAGAAUGCCACCUUGGCUCAAGCGUGGGUUUCUGGGCUGUUCUGGGUUAUAUUGGACUUUUGGCUCUUCUGUGUUUUGUUUUGGCUUUUUUAGCUAGAAAACUUCCUGAUAAUUUUAAUGAAGCUAAAUUUAUCACCUUCAGCAUGUUGAUAUUCUGUGCAGUUUGGAUCACUUUUAUUCCAGCGUAUGUCAGUUCACCUGGUAAAUUUACUGUAGCUGUGGAGAUUUUUGCUAUUCUGGCCUCAAGUUUUGGUUUGCUGUUCUGUAUUUUUCUUCCUAAAUGUUACAUAAUCAUCCUGAAACCUGAGAAGAACACCAAAAAACAACUGAUGGGAAAAUGA